GGUGAACCUGCGGAAGAAUCAUUGUCGUACUCUGGAAACAGAACGACCUGAGAACGAUGAAACAUCACUCUCGGUAGGCCGGUUUCUUACUGUGCCUGCCGAUUCAGUGGUUAUGCGUUCAUCCAUGCCCAAGACUUCAAUUUUGGUUGGAUCGUACAAGAAAAAGAGGUUUUUAUAGCGGAGUAGGAUAGCGUUUUUUUCGUUUCUGCUAUGGUUAAUAUGUAAGUGGGUUUUAUAUAGCGGUUAUAAAAUUGUAAACGCUAUCUUUAGUUGGGCCGAAUUUUAAUAGUCAUUUUACAUAGCACUUUAGUGCGGAAGCGCUACGAAUAAGUUAGGCGGACAAAAUUUUCAUUUGCCCGGGCUUACCAAUUUCACUUAAUUCAUUUUUUUUCUUUUUCGGUUCUUCCCUCUAUCUAUCUCCCCUGAGUUCUCAUCUCCCCUCUAUCUCUUCGUCUCAAUUAUUUUCCCGAUUGGUCUGACUCUGAAAAACUAAUCUCCUAUUUCUAUCUCGUCGUAAUGGUUUUCCAGAAUCUCUAAAACCCAACAACUGUUCUUCGAUUCUGAAUCGUAGGUACAAUCUCGUAUAAUAUUUUUAUUUUUUUUUGUUUCUGAUAAACCAAUCGUUUAUUCCUAUUUAACUGGUGGCUGAUUUAGGGUUGCAUGUCCAAUUGAUUCGGUCUUUUACUCUUUUGCAGGGAGCUUUAGAUUCAGAUCUUCCAAGAAAGGUAUCUGUCGUGUAUUUUUCUAGGUUUGGCUAUAGCUUUUGAUUUUGUUUCAAUUGAAUUAUAUCAUUGCUUUUAUUUUCCAGGUCGUUUAAAUCAAAAUAGAAGACAUUUUUAUCAGUGUUUUUAUAUACAUUUGGUCGGAGCUGUUGUGCGAUGGAUAAAGCUUGGGUCUGGUUACCAAGGUAUAAAUGUUACUGUGUUUUGCUUAUCUUUUUUUUUAUUCCAUUUACGAAAUUGUGCUUCUUAAUUAAUUUUCAUUUGUGUGCAUCUGACAGGAAUAGUCUCGAGUAUGAGCAAGGUGCAACUGAGUUUGUUUUUUCGUCAUCAAGACAAUUGGCUGAUCUAGUUGAAAUGUUCUGCCCUUGCGUUGAUUGCCGCAAUGUCUGCCAUCAAUCAAGAGAGACAGUUUUUGAGCAUCUCGUCAUCAGAGGGAUGGAUCAGAAGUACAAGAGAUGUAAAUAUUGGAGUAAGCACGGGGAUAUAAGGCCAGAUAAGACAGCUGAUGUUCAGACGUCUGAAAAUGAGGCUUAUGAGUUGAUGAGGACAGCUUUUAUAGCGAGCGAUGGCAAGACACCAUUUGAGAAGCAGAAUUCAGAGGAUUUUGAUGGUAUUGAGAGGCCAGAAGAGGACGAGUUUAGGAAGAAGUUAGAUGAUGCCGAGACUCCACUGUACCCGACAUGUCAGAAAUACACCAAGGUUGCUGCUAUCAUGGGUCUUUACCGUAUAAAAGUCAAGAGUGGGAUGUCAGAGAGCUAUUUCGACCAGCUAAUGACAUUAGUUCAUGACAUGCUACCUCCAGAUAAUGUUCUGCCUAAGUCUACGGCUGAGAUGAAGAAGUUCUUAAAGGUGUUUGGUUUUGGUUAUGAUGUCAUCCACGCCUGCAAAAAUGAUUGUAUCCUUUAUAGGAAACAGUAUGCGGAGUUAGUUUGCUGUCCAAGAUGUAGUGAAUCAAGAUGGGAAAGAGAUACGCACACUGGUGAGGAGAAGAAAGGAGUUCCAUGUAAGGUGCUUAGGUAUUUUCCCAUAAAAGAGAGAUUCAAGAGGAUGUUUAGAUCGAAACGGUUGGCUGAGGAUUUGUGUUGGCACUUCAACAAUGCAACUGAAGAUGGAUCGAUGCGGCAUCCUGUGGAUUCUUUGACUUGGGUUCAGGCAAACGAUAAGUGGCCGGAAUUUGCUGCUGAAGCAAGAAACCUGAGACUAGGUCUUUCUACUGAUGGGAUGAAUCCAUUCUCGAUCCAAAACACCAAGUACAGCACGUGGCCGGUUCUCCUAGUUAACUACAAUAUGGCGCCAACUCAGUGCAUGAAAGCGGAGAACAUUAUGUUGACGAUGUUGAUACCUGGGCCAACAGCACCUAGCAACAACAUUGACGUCUAUCUACAGCCCCUGAUAGAGGACCUCAAGGACUUGUGGACCGAAGGUAUUGAAGUUUAUGAUGCCUUUAAGAAGGAGAGUUUUAAUGUAAGAGCUAUGCUGCUGUGGAGUAUCACAGACUACCCAGCUUUAGGGACAUUAGCUGGAUGCAAAGUUAAGGGGAAGCAAGCGUGUAUUGUAUGUGGGAAGGAGACACCGCAUAGAUGGCUUAAGUUUAGUAGGAAACAUGUAUAUAUGGGCAACAGGAAGCGACUGAUGCCUGGUCAUCCCUACAGACGUAGAAAGGGUUGGUUUGACAACACAGUGGAGUCUGGUGUUUCAAAGAGGAUUCAGAGUGGGAAAGAAAUAUUUGACAGCCUUAGAGGAUUUAGAAAUGAUUUUGGAAGACCAUUAGCUAAAAAGGGGAAGCGUAAAAGGGCUGAAGCAGAAGAUGACGAUGAUGAAGCUGCAACAGCUGAAGAAAUCGAAGAAGAUGAUGAUUUAUGGAGGUGGAAAAAAAAGUCUAUCUUCUUUGACUUACCAUAUUGGAAGGAAAUGCCUGUCAGGCAUAACAUAGAUGUUAUGCACGUCGAGAAGAACGUCUCAGACGCACUACUAUCUAUUAUUAUGAAUAAUGCAAAAUCAAAGGAUGGGUUGAAAGCAAGAAAAGAUUUAGAAGACAUGGGAAUCAGGAGCAACUUACAUCCAGAGAAGCGUGGGAAGAGAACUUAUUUGCCUCCAGCUGCAUUCUGGCUUUCCAAGGAAGAGAAAAAAAAAUUCUGUAGACGGCUAUCCAAGUUUAGAGGCCCCGAUGGAUAUUGUGCAAAUAUAUCCAACUGUGUCUCGGUGGAUCCUCCCAGUAUCGGCAGCAUGAAGUCACAUGACCAUCACGUUCUUUUGCAGAACCUUCUUCCUGUGGCAUUGAGAGGUUUAUUGCCUAAAGGACCUCGGAUAGCUGUCAAUCGUAUCUGCAACUACUUCAACAGACUUUGCCAACGAGUUAUUGAUCCAGAGAAGCUACUGACUCUAGAAUCUGAGAUUGUAGAAACAAUGUGCCAGUUGGAGAGAUUUUUUCCACCAUCACUCUUCGACAUUAUGUUUCACCUUCCUAUCCAUCUAGCUAAAGAAGCACGCUUGGGUGGCCCUGUCCACUUAAGAUGGAUGUAUCCGUUUGAGAGGUAAAUUUUUUUUUGUCUUUGUCGUAUACUUUCAAUAAAUAGACUAACUUAUAUGUUCUGGUAUGUUGAUAUAUGAAGACUCUAAAAGCUUAUGUCAAGAAUUUUGCACGACCCGAAGCUUGUAUGGCUGAGGGAUAUUUGUCUAGUGAAUGCAUUGCGUUUUGUAUGAAGAACCCAUCCCUGCUUCUAGCAAUGGAGUGUCCAACACCGAUGACACUCAGACACAGCAAUCCGAGAUCAAAACGAGGAAGACAAGGGGUCUAACUAAAAUGCGCAGAGUGGCCAAAAAUGCAGAGGACAAGGUAGAUGUAGAGUUCAACUCCAUAGGUGAGCAUGUCGGUAGUGGAUCAGUGACACUCUCAUCCUUUCUUGGUCCUCUUGUGAGGGAGCAUGUGCCAGUAUUGCUAGAUGACUGGAGACACGUCGAAGAAACAACAAAAGACGCUUUAUGGGAAGAGAUUCAGGUAAUUUUUAUAAGUUUUUUCGCUGGAGUACUAGUUUAAACUAUUUUAGUGUUUAACAUUUCAAUAUUUGACAGGGGAGGUUCAACUUGACAGAGGAAUGGCAAAAAGAUGCAGUGUUUAAGCAGAUGGGUUGCUUGUGGAGGGCCUCGAAAUCUAGGCUGACUUCUAUAGUCCGUGCUAUUAAAAACAAGGCUCAGAUACAGAAAAUGAAGCCUAGCAACAUCCAAUCUUCUUCUGCUUGGAACAGUUGGGUGAAAGCUAGGUGCACCAAAGAUUUUAAGGUUAAAGUUAAUGAUGCUUGAUUACUUAUACGAUUUAUUUUAGAUAAAAGUUAUGGUAUCUGAUGGUUGUGUUAAUAGGUACAAAGUGAUAAAUACAGGAGACUUAGGAAGAUUCAAAUUCCGCACACAACAAGCCGAAAAGGCAUGAGUCGCCUAGCUCAUGAGAUG